CGGGAGCGCGGGCGGGCCGGGCCGGAGCCGAGUGCGGGGUCGCGCCGCCUCGGCCGUCCUUUGUUGUCUCGGCCGCCGCCGAGCCUUCGGCCGGCAGCAGCGGCGGGCCCCGGCGGCGGGCGGGCGGGCAGGCAGGAUGUCCCAGGACAACCUCGUCGGCAUGGACGAGGGAGCGCUGCGGAAGCUGCUGGAGGCAACGCUGGACCUGGCUGAGCGGCGCCGCAUCCGCUCGGCUAUCAGGGAGCUGCAGCGGCAGGAGCUGGAGCGGGACGAGGAGGCGCUGGCAUCCAAGCGCUUCCGCCCCGAGCGCGGCAGCCACCGGCAGGACGACAAGGAGAACUGGCCGCGGUCCCGGCGUCUGGAGGAGGAGCAGCAGACAGCCCUGGCUGCCUUGUCCCGGCAGCUCGAAGCCAUCACCGACGUGGAGGAGCUGACAAAACUGCUGCGGGCGGCAGGUGAGUACGAGGAGCGCAAGCUGAUCCGAGCUGCGAUACGCAAGCUGCGGGCUGAGGAGAUUGAAGCUGCAGCCCUGGCUGGGAACGUGCAGAGCAGCCAGAGGGACGGCAGUGAGUGCCCUGCUGUGCCUGGGGAUGUGAAGAGCAGCCAGAGGGAUGAUGCUGAAACGCCAGCCCUGUCCGAGAGCAGGAAGAACAGCCUGAGGGACGAUACAGAGCUGACAGCCCUAGCUGGGAGCAGGGAGAGCUGUGGCGAGGGCAGUGCUGAGCCCCUGGCCACAGCCGGGAGUGGGGAGAGCAGCCAGCAGGAUGAUGCAGAGCAGUCAGCGCUGGCUGGGCCAGAGGAGAGCAGCUACAGGGGAGCUGCAGAACAACCCCCUGCCGAGGAACCUGGAGGCUCAGCGGCCCACAAGCCAGAUGAUGCAGUGAAGCAGGAACACGUCUCGGCUGGAAUGCAGGAGCUAUGCAGCCAGGAGGCGGGAGACCCCCAGAAACCCAGCACCCAGGCUGUGGUCUCCAGGACCCUCGUGCUCCCGGAGCUGCAGCUGCCCCCAGAGCCCAGCCCGGAGCCUGAAGAUGGUGGCAAGGAGCCAGAGCGGGCCCAGCUGUGUUCCCUGGGUGCUGCCCAGCCCACAGGCCAGCACCAGGCAGCCUGGAAGGAAGGGAGCCCGGGCAGCCCUGCCAGCACCCAGGAGCCGGGUGCAGGGCAAAGCCGCCGGGUGGAGCAGCCCCACCUGUGCCAGCCUGGUGCCAGCAGUCAGCUUGGUGUUGGGUUGCGUGGCCAGGUGCUGGGGCCGGCUGGGAGGCACGGGGAGCCACCCGUGGUGGCGGUGCCCACCCAGGAUAUAGCGGGGACCCAGGCUCGCCUGAACACUCACCGGUGGGAGCAAGCACCUUCCUCUCCACGCCCAGCCGGCCGCACAGAGCCGAGCCCCGCCGGGCCGCCGCGGGCAUCCUCGGUGCGGGAGCGCGCCCAGCGCUUCACCCCGACGGGUCCGGGACCGGCCCCCAGCGCGGCGGGGGCGGGCAGCGCGGGGGGGCGGGCCGGCCCCGGCCAAUGGCAGCGGGGGCCCCACACGGCCCCGCCGGGGCCCGCUCAAAACGCGCGGGCCGGCAGCGGCGGAGGCGCAGAGCAGCGCCCGGCCCCGGUCCCCGCCGGCCCCCGCCCCGGUGCCAGCCCUGGCCUUGACGGCAUGAAGACCUACUUCACCAUCGAGAUCAAGGAUGGGCGCAUGCAGCCCCUCACGCCCCGCGUCGUGGCCGCCCCCGGCGGCCAGCGGGCAGGUGGGCACCGGGCGGAGGUGACCCUGGGGCUGCGGAGCACCCCCAUCCGCAUCACCACCAUCCCCAGCAGCGGCAGUGGCGUCUGCAGCAUCAGCAGCGUCAGCAGCAAUGUCAUCAAGGACCCUUGCGCCCACUUUGAGGGCACCGAGGAGCCCAGCAGCCCUGUGGCCCAUCCGCCUGCUUUCUCCAGCAUGCGCCAGCAAUCGACCCUGCACCUCUCCAGGAGCAACAGUGGUAUGGAACCAGAGGUGGUGGAGCAGCCCCAGACGUCGAGACUGGUGGUGGAGCAGCCCCAGACGUCGAGACUGGUGGUGGAGCAGCCCCAGACGUCGAGACUGGUGGUGGAGCAGCCCCAGACGUCGAGACUGGUGGUGGAGCAGCCCCAGGCACCGAGACUGGUGGUGGAGCAGCCCCAGGCACCGAGACUGGUGGUGGAGCAGCCCCAGGCACCAAGACCGGUGGUGGAGCAGCCCCAGGCACCGAGACCAGAGCCAGAGCUGCCCAACGGCAUGGAAAAGGUCCAACUGAGGGAGCUGGAGAGAAGGAGCAAGCUGAAUAUCGAGGAGCUGAACAGGAUCGAGGAUGAGGAUGUUCUGGAUAAGAUGCUGGAUCGGACAACAGACUUCGAGGAGCGGCGACUGAUCCGAAAUGCCAUGCGGGAGCUGCGCCAGCGCAAGCGAGACCAGCGGGAGAAGGAGCGGGACCAGCGGCUGCAGGAGACAAGGAGCCAGGCAGGGAGGGCCGGCCAUGCCACCGAGACCACCACCACGCAGAGCACCCAGUCAGCCGAUGGCUCGGCACGCAGCUCCGUCACCAAGACUGAGCGUCUCAUCCAGUCUAGUGAUGGCACCAAGACCUCCCGUACCACAACCAUGGAGUCGAGUUAUCUGAAGAGAUCAGACAGUGGCAAUAGCACAUUUGUUCAAACAAAAUCAUCCUACAGCUCCUCAUCCAAGAAGACAGGCAGCAUCUUUGACCGUGAAGACGAGAGUGCCUCCAGGCAGAGCAGCCUGGCUGCGCUGGAGCGGCGUCAGGCUGAGAAAAAGAAGGAGCUGAUGAAAGCUCAGAGCCUGCCCAAGACAUCGGCCUCGCAGGCUCGCAAGGCCAUGAUGGAGAAGCUGCAGAAGGAGGGUGGGAGCUCGCCAAACCCCGCGCCAGCACGCAGCGCCGUACAGCGCUCCUCCAGCUGUGUGACCAAUGCCAACAGCAUCAAGCAGAUGUUGCUGGACUGGUGCAGAGCCAAGACCCGAGGCUAUGAGCACGUGGACAUCCAGAACUUCUCGUCCAGCUGGAGUGAUGGUAUGGCCUUCUGCGCCUUGGUCCACAAUUUCUUCCCCGAGGCGUUUGACUACAGCCAACUGACACCUCAGAACCGCCGCCACAACUUUGAAGUGGCCUUCUCCUCCGCAGAGAAGCACGCGGACUGUCCGCAGUUGCUGGACGUGGAGGACAUGGUCCGGAUGCGCGAGCCAGAUUGGAAGUGUGUGUACACAUACAUUCAGGAAUUCUAUCGCUGCCUGGUCCAGAAGGGGCUGGUAAAAACCAAAAAGUCGUAGCCCAUUUUCACCCCCCUGGGAGCGAUGGACGCUGGUGGACUGCGUGCCGUUGGUGGAGGUGGAAGACAUGAUGAUCAUGGGGAAGAAGCCAGAUCCCAAGUGUGUCUUCACCUACGUGCAGUCCCUCUACAACCACCUGCGUCGCCACGAGUUGCGCAUGCAGCAGAAACAGUGCUAGAGCCUGCCCUGCCCACCACCCCGCUGCCCCCUGCCCUCAGGGCUGCCAGUGGGCUGCUUGCCCCAGGAGGGUCUCGGGGGGACACAGGACUGGCGCUGGGGGCUCUGCCACCAGGGCAACCCCACGCCUCUGCCUCGCUGGAGCUCCCUCUGCCCUGGCUGGCUGCAGGCUGACCCUGUGGGCAGGGCAACGCAGGGCCAGGCAGGUGCUGCCAGGGAUGCUCCCCAGCUUGGCUGCCUCCUGCACUCCAGUGUGUUAAAUUAUUUGUUCUCCAGGAGCUGUUUGACCUGUGGGCAGCACCUCUGUGUCCCCGGGGAGGUCUGGGCACAGCUGCGCCAUCAGGCCCAGGGCUGGCAUGGGUCAUGGGCCGAGCAGGGUUUCGCAGCCCAGCCCAGGUCGCAGUGCGUCUGCCAGCGGCCCCUUGGCCCCUGCGAGGAAGCCCCUCUGCCCACUGUAGGCCCUGCUUGGUGCCGCCUCCCUGGGGCCGGCUCCACGGCCCUGUGCUGACACCCUGCUUCCCACUGCGUAUGUGCACCCUGGGCCACUUCCACACCAGGGGGCUGCAGCACCCGCAUGCUGGGGAGUGGGCAGGGAGGCGAGGGGCCCCGGGGGAGCGAGGGGGCCCAGGAGUGAGCUGGGACGGCAGCCCCUGCUCUCCUCCCCAGCUCAGCUCAGGGCACUAUGUGCUCAGUGCCACUCACCCCUCCACCACCAUCUCUACACCCGCGUUGACACAUGUACCAACACCAGCCAGACAAUAAAGGUUUAUUCUAUAGGGUGA